AUGCCUAACUCUACCACAGUGACUGAAUUUCUGCUUAUGAGAUUUUCUGAUCUGUGGGAGCUCAGAGUCCUGCAUGCAAUACUAUUCUUACUGAUGUACUCAACAACCUUGAUGGGAAACCUUCUCAUUGCUACAGUAACCACUUUUGACAAGACUCUCCACACCCCCAUGUAUUUCUUCCUUAGGAAUAUGUCUGUCCUGGACAUGUGCUUCAUUUCUGUCACUGUACCCAAGGCAUGUGCCAUAUUCCUGCUUAACAACAGGGAGAUCUCUAUGACUGGCUGUGCAGCUCAGAUCUUCCUUGUGAUUUCAUGUGCUACUGCAGAGCUAUUGUUCCUCACUAUCAUGGCCUAUGACCGUUAUGUGGCCAUCUGUCAUCCCCUUCAUUACCCUGUGAUCAUGAACCCUCGCUUCUGUGUUCAGAUGACACUGUCCUCUAUAUUCAGCAGUCUGAUCUAUGCAGGUGUGCACACAGGUAACACAUUCCGAUUGUCCUUCUGUGAGUCUAAUGUGGUUCAUCAGUUUUUUUGUGACAUACCUUCUUUGUUAAAGCUUUCCUGCUCUGAUAUCUUUAUCAAUGAGGUUACAAUUUUUUUUUCUGCAGUGGCGAUUGUAGGUGGUUGCUUUUUCUGCAUCAUCGUGUCUUAUAUUCACAUAUUUUCUGCUGUGCUCAAGUUUCCAACCAAGGGAGAGAGAAGAAAGGCCUUUUCUACCUGUGUACCUCACAUUCUCGUGGUGACAAUCUUUGUCUGUUCAGUGAAUACUGUGUAUAUAAACCCAACCUCCAACUCUCCUACAAUUCAAGACAUGAUAAUUUCUGUGUUCUAUUCUAUAGUCCCUCCUCUCCUAAACCCUAUAAUCUAUAGUCUUAGAAACAAGCAGAUAAAGGAGGCUGUAAAGGGAAUUAUGAGGAGACUAUUCUGUUCAGAAAAACAAUAA